AUGUCUUCACAUUACAAUACCGAACCGCCACCAACCGCCUCGGUCACACUCAACACAACAAUCGGACCUCUCCACAUCUCCCUCUUCGCAAAACAAACACCGCUCGCCUGCAAAAACUUUAUCCAACAUUGCCUCGAUGGGUACUACACAGACACCGUCUUCCACCGCAUUGUCCCCGGCUUCGUAAUCCAAGGUGGCGACCCAACGGGCACCGGGUCGGGCGGCUCCUCAAUCUUCGAAGACCCCGAAUUCGAAUAUGACCCCGAAGCUCGCGACCCGAACGAAAAAGUGGUUCUUCGCGAUGAGAUACACAGUCGACUACGAUUCAAUCGGCGAGGGCUUGUGGGGAUGGCGAAAAGCGAAGAUGGGACGUACGGGAGUCAGUUCUUUAUUACCUUGGCGAAUACGGAGAGGGAGAUGAAUGGACAAUGUACAAUGCUUGGGAGGAUUGAAGGUGAUAGUAUUUAUAAUGUGGUUAAGAUUGCGGAAGCAGAGUUGGUGGAGGGCACGGAUCGGCCUGUCUUUGCGGUGAAAGUUACGGGGUGUGAGGUUGGAGAGAUGGGUCCGUUUGAGGGGAAGUUGAAGAAGAGGGAAAAGGUUGCGAAGGUGAUUGAGCCAGCUAAGGGUAAUGUCACGAUUAAGAAGAAAAAAAAGACAAAAGGCGCCAAGACGUUGCUUAGUUUCGGAGGCGAGGAAGGGGAGGAUGGGGAGGAUAUAUCUGCUAUCAAGUCGAAGAAACCUAAAUUCAACACCAAACUCGUUUCAGCUGGUGAGUCGCUAGAAUUGGAUCCCAAGACUCGUUCGGUAGAGCGAAGGGGCUCCAUUACAGAAGAGAAACAACCGGCGAAACGACUCAAAUCUUCUACGGGUCUCCCACCUACAAACAACCAUGUACAAAAAUCACGACCUAAAAGCCCAGACCCUUAUACGCAAAUCCCCGUGAAAGAUCCGGAAGAACCAGAAAGAUCACCAUCUCUAACUCCGCCUCCAGCUGCAAGACAGUCAGUAUUGGAAAGAACAAAUGCGCAGAUUGCGUCUCUCAAGGCAUCGAUGCGGCGGGAUAUAACUGCUCCUACAGAGACGGGCAGGAAGAAGUCUGCACUAGAGGCCAUGAUACCGGAAACUUCUAUCAGAGGCCGCAAGCGACCUGGUAGUUCUGCCAUGAAUGGCGGAGGUAGGAAUGGGGCUGAGGCCGAAGCAUUGAAGUUAUUCAAUGCGUUCAAGGAAAAGCUCGAACAUUCCGACGUUCAAAGUCGUCCAGACCCUAGACAGAAACAUGAUACCAAAAAGACACCCCAUGACAACGCCCAAACACCAGAAGAGGCUGAAGAUGAAGAGGCACAAUUAUGCGAUCUACACUUUAUUGCAAAUUGCCAAUCCUGUCAAAACUGGGACCAAAACGCCGAUGGACCCACAGAGCAAGACCAAGUCGAAGACUCAACAGACUGGAUGUCGCAUCGUUUGCAGUUUGGCAAGGAUACAUUGGGUAAAGACUUGAACUGGAAAAAGGAGCACCGAGAGGAUGCGGAUUCUCUUAUGGUUAUUGAUCCCCGCGAGAAAGAGAAAGAAUAUGUACACCGAGGUGGGAAAAGUAGGAAGACAGGAAGAGAUAGGGAGAGGGAGCAUAAAAGAGAGAGGGCAGGUGAAAGGGAAUGGGAUCGACGAUGA